CAGGUGGUGAAGCUGCUGCUUGAGAAGAACGCCGACGUUAAUGCGCAGGGUGGAUACUAUGGCAACGCACUCCAGGCGGCUUCCUGCAGAGGCCACGAGCAGGUGGUAAAGCUGCUGCUUGAGAAGAACGCCGACGUUAAUGCGCAGGGUGGACACUACGGCAACGCACUCCAGGCGGCUUCCUACAGAGGCUACGAGCAGGUGGUGAAGCUGCUGCUUGAGAAGAACGCCGACGUUAACGCGCAGGGUGGAGACUACGGCAACGCACUCCACGCGGCUUCCUACGAAGGCCACGAGCGGGUGGUGAGGCUGCUGCUCGACUUGGGCGCCAACGACGUACUCUAA